CCAGGUUUUAAUUUCUCUUUCAAGUAAUUUGGGUGUUAUCACAAUUGUUUUGGUUUGAAGAGGUCAGAAAACCUGGACAUGAAACAUGGAGCUCUUAUUAGUUCUCAAGUAAUUGGGCGUUUCUGGUAUUUGGGUUGGUUGGUUGAAGUCAAGUAUUUGCCUGAAUUGGUUCACUGCUACUGGAAAUUGGAAACCUCUUUUGGCUUUGAUGAUUAAGGAUUUAAGGUUUGUUUACAAGGUACAACGUUUUAAGUUUUACAAGUGCAUGCCUGCAUAGUAUUAUCAGGAAUUUGUGGUUCCCUAAUUUUUUCCAUUCAAUUAUAAAGAUAGAGAGCUAUCAGUUCUAGAUUUUCCAAAUGCAGUGCAGAGCUCCCAAUAUCUCCAUCCUUUUUUGAUCAUUAUUGAUUUUUUUUCUCUUUAAAAGGAAGGAAUGUAAUUGUGUGUUAGAAUUUGAAUAAAAAGAAUAUUUGUUGACGUUGAAUAAACUACUUGUACAAUGCUUUCGCCGGCGUUGGAAUUAUUAGAGCUUUUACUCUAAGCUCGUAGACUAGUGCUGGGCCAAGUCUUACCAUGCGGGAAAUCGACAAUGUACUCAAUGAGGGCAAAGCUAUCAUGUCAUUGACCUUGUCUGUUGGGUUUUGGACUCUUUAAAGGUUCGGUUCGAAAUUUUAAAUGUGGGCGGGUUUGUGAAAAUUCCGAAAGGACUAUGGUUACGAUCACCUGCCCAUAUUCGAAGACUGGGAUGAUCAUGACCCGUCUUGAGUUCAUCAACUUCGUAGCGAGUGGGAUUUAUGUCCAUUCACAAAAAUUGGAGAAAAACUUUCAAAAUUCCCAAUUCCAGCUGAAUGCCUAUGCCAACUCAAAUGUCUGUUUGCCUGGGUGACACUACAAUUGAAAUUACUGUCACGAGAAGGGAAUCAGAUGCCGAUUGCCACAUGCGGAACUUCUUGUCCAACAGGGAUAAUGCGAGGAAAGUGAUUGGCCUAGAUAUUGAACGGACCAUGAUUGAAGAUUCAGAAGAAACUCAAGAUUACCACGUAGGCAGUCGGGGACGGUACAAUGAAUGAAGAGUCACUGACCUAGAAAAACGUACCGUGAGAGAAGAUUCAGAAAUGAAAAGCCUAGUGGCAAUUUUGCAACUUUGUGGUGGUGGUGGUGUUACAUGUCUUGUAAUUCAGCUUCCUUCUCUUGAUUCAAUGCCCAUAUCUCUCAAUUUUCCUCAACUGCCAGAUCUUGCAUUUGUGGGCAUUGGAAUCAAAGAAACUCUUGCCAAGUUAGAGAAAGAAUAUGGGCUAGGAUGCAAUAAUGCCGGGUUAUUGGGACCAUUGGCCGCCGGCGGUAUGCAAAUGCCUCGCUUGGCUGCUUGUGGGGUGGACUUUCUGGGUCAUAUGGUUGAUUCAGUGAAGCUCAUCGGCGUAGUUUUUAGUGACGAGGGUAAAAUCCGUCUUAACAAGAAGCAGAUUAAAUAUGCUGUGGCUAAUCCUUUUGCCUACUUCAAGAUUGAGAGCAAGUUAUUAUCUGGAUAGCGCUCAGUCUCAUUCCAGCGCAAGCUCUGUGCGGGAGCUGUGGGGAAACUCUCUUUUGUUUUGUAGUUUCUGCAAUGAAUGUGUGAGUUGCUUAGAAGCAGCUCGAAAUUUACUUUUAAAAUAGAAGAAUACAUAGCUUUUUAUGAAUUAAUGAUACAGUGAAAUGAACUUUGAUCUCAAAGUAAUUUUAUUCACUUUUAUAUAUUUGUUUAUGAGAUAAAUAUUAUAUAAUGCUUU